UGUGAAUAUAAAGCUUAUGAGAGAGUUAACACAAGGCACUUGUUCUCAUAAUAAGAUGGGAAUAAGGAGCUAUCAUGUAGAAGACACAAAUUUGAGCUUUCAAGCUCCAAACUUCAUUGAAUGGCUCAAGCCAUCAUCUUCUUCAUCUUCAUCUUCAUCUUCAUCUUCUUCAAUAUCCAGUACUGUCACUCAACAAGUUCAUCAGCUCACAAAUCCCAUGAUGAGCUUCUUAAAACUUCCUCUCUUUUACCAACAGCAACACCAUCAUGAUCAUGAUCAACAAGUUUGUGAAACCAUCCAAUGCCUGCCUCUUCUGAGCCGGUUUAUCGAUAUGAAGCCGAUGAAAGAGGAGGAUAUGGGGAUGCAGGAGAGUACUAUUAAUGGGAUCAAAGAAGAGAAUAAGUUGGAGAAAGUGACAGUGGCCUUGCACAUAGGAUUGCCAAACACAGGAGAUCAUUCUGAUGACGCCGAGGCGAAGAAGCCCUUCAGCCACAAGGAGGAAGAAGAAGAGCCCGUGAUCAAGAGCAGUGCUUUUCAUGGCUGCACUUUCAACACUGAGAGUAGGUUUUGGAUCCCUACACCAGCACAGAUCCUUGUCGGACCGAUGCAGUUUGCUUGUUCCAUAUGCAACAAGACUUUCAAUAGGUACAAUAACAUGCAGAUGCAUAUGUGGGGGCAUGGAUCUGAAUAUAGGAAAGGGCCAGAGUCCCUUAGAGGCACACAGCCAGCAGCAAUGCUGAGGCUACCAUGCUAUUGCUGUGCACAAGGCUGCAAAAACAACAUCAACCAUCCGCGAGCGAAGCCAUUGAAGGACUUCAGAACACUUCAAACUCACUACAAGAGGAAGCACGGCGCGAAGCCCUUCAUGUGCAGGAAGUGUGGGAAGACAUUUGCAGUCAAAGGGGAUUGGAGAACCCAUGAAAAGAACUGCGGGAAGCUGUGGUAUUGCACUUGCGGUUCGGAUUUCAAGCACAAGAGAUCACUCAAGGACCACAUAAGAUCUUUUGGAAAGGGCCACUCCCCACACCCUUCUCUUGAAGGGUUUGAAGAUGAGAAGGAGUGCAUCACUGGCUCUGAAGAUGACAUUGCUCACAAGUGAUCGAUCAUCAUAUAAGUGGCAGUUAACUAUGGAAGAUUUAAUUUCAGCAGAAAAUUAAGGUAAACUAUAUAUAUAUAUGAAGUGAAUUAGAGGGCUUGUCCAAGCUUGUGCUCAGUAACAAAAAAUUCUCGAAAAAAUUGUUUCUGGAGAAGCAUAUAGGGAUUGGUUUGCUACGGAGCACUUGCAAGGUGGAGGGCAUAUAUGGUAAUAACUUUAAUUAUAUAUAUAUAGUAUUAUUAUUAUAGACAGUGUCUGAAGUGGUUUGUUAAAUAAGGUGAUCACCUUGAAGUGAUGAAGCAGAUGAAUUUUCUUCUCUCUGAGUAAUAUGAAGAAGGUAUGAGAUGUUGAAAGCUUUCUGUAAUGGAGAAAAUUUGUCAGCUUCAUUGCUAACUGGUCAUUGAACUCAAUAUUUAUAUAUAUUUGGAUUUGUAUUUUUCUUA